AUGUUAGGAGUAGAUGAAGCAGGCCGUGGACCAGUUUUGGGUCCAAUGGUGUAUGGGGUAGCUUUUUGCCCUUUAAGCCAAAAAUCUGUUCUUCAAUCAUUAGGAUGUGCUGAUUCUAAAGCAUUAACAGAAGAAAAACGUGACGAUAUUUUUACAAAAAUGUUGACUGAAGAUAAAUCAAAAGAUAAUGUAGGAUGGAUUGCUGAAGUAAUAUCACCUAACUACAUUUCAAAUUCUAUGUAUAGAAGAGUAAAACAUUCCUUGAAUGAGGUAUCCAUGAACUCUGCAAUAAGUUUGAUAAAGAAAGUCAUUCAAGAUGGAGCAAAUUUAGCUGAAAUUUAUGUUGACACAGUGGGCCCACCUGAAAAAUAUCAAGCAAAGCUAGCUGAAAUAUUUCCCAAUAUAAAAAUAACGGUUGCAAAAAAAGCUGAUUCAAUAUAUCCUAUAGUGUCAGCAGCAAGUAUUGUGGCAAAGGUGACCAGGGACCAUGCACUGAAGGUAUGGAAAUUCAAGGAGGGUUUGGAUAUGGAUCAUACACAAUUUGGCAGUGGAUACCCUGGAGAUCCAUUGACAAAGAAAUUUAUUCGCGAACAAAUAGACAAUGUGUUCGGAUAUCCAUUGCUCGUGAGGUUUAGUUGGUCAACAGCGGAACUUAUGCUGCAGGAGAAAGCUGCACCAUGUACUUUUGAAGAAUCGGAAGAAGCUAGUCCGAAUAAGAAAGCGGCCGGCACAAAAUCAAUUAGCUGCUUUUUUUCGCCAAAGGAUGAAAAAAAGUCAAGGAAGAGGCACAAAUUCUUCGAAGAGAGAUGCCUGACGGUCACCAAUCCUUUUGAA